UUUUUUAUUUUUCCUCCUCCCCCUUCUUCCCGAUUUCCUUCGGAAACCCUUGCCUUUUCUCAUGCCUAAAUCCACGCCCCUCUCUGACAAUUCGCCGCCGAUUUCAGCCAACGACGGAAAUGACGCCGGAGAUUGUUUGCCGGUCCGAUCCACGGUCGUUUCCGGCAAAGAAUCCGCUGGGAGCUCGAAGCUCCGCUCCAAGCGGUCAGCUUCGGACAUGAUCGAUGGGGCAAAGGGUAAGGAUGAAGCGGAGACAGUGAGAAUAAAGAAGAAGAAGAAGAAAAAGACUAAGGGGCUGUCUUCUUCCUCUGAAGCUGCAACCGGUGCUGCACAAGAGGAUGUUGUUUUUUCUCCUGUGGCGGGUUCGGCAGGCACCACUGUAGCGGAUGUGGAGGAGGGCAAAAAGAUCCCUGGAGGGAGGAUUUUUACAGAGGAAGACGACGUUUUGAUGUUGGAGGCUAUAAUUGAGUACCGUGUUAAGACAGGAACUGAACCCAGCUCUGAUCCGGGAGCCUUUUAUGAUUUUGUCAAAGGUUCGCUCCAUGUCGAAGUGUCCAAGACACAGGUCAUGGACAAAAUCAGGUCGCUGCAGAAGAAGUUUCGAGGUAUGGUGGGAAAAUAUAGACAUGAGCAAGAAUUAGCAUUCACACGGCAUGACUCGAAAGUGUUUGAUUUGUCAAUGCAAAUUUGGGGUGUGACUGAUAGUAUAGGAGAAAAACCGAUUGGAAGUGACGCCCCCCAGAUGAAACAUACGGUCGGUACGAUUGACACGACCGGUAAGAAACCUGUAACUCGCAGAUUGCAGAAACAGAAUGCGGUGGAGAAGCAUCAAGAACCAGGAAAUGCAGAAGAUGAGGACAAUUAUGAGGAGAAUGAUAGAGAUGUUCAAGUUGUCGGAAAUGGGAUGGAUGUGGCUGCGGAGGACAGAGUUGAAGGAAAAGAGGGCAGACAUGAUGAUGCAGACGACUUCUGGGCUCGUUUUCCAUUCUUGAAGGAUGGAGUUGAGACGAUGUUGUCUGAAGGGGUCUUCCUCGAUUUCCCGAGAAAGUUGCUGCUCGAGAAAGUUGUGUGCUUUGGCGGGGACAAAGGGAAGGAGUGGGAUGCGAAAUGGAAGGAUCUGCGUGUGGAGGAGAUGGGACUGCGUAUAAGGAAGCUUGAUCUUAUGGCUCGGUUCUCACAGGCAGCUCUUGAUGAGCUGAAGAAGUGAUUGCAAUGUCAUCGGUACUCUUUUGCAAUCUGAUCUUUUAGUAUGUUAGAGACAGAACCUAUCUCAGUGUUCAUCUAAUGUCGGUUUUUAGGCCCUUUUAGGCAAUAAAGCUUAGCAUGAUCUAGGGGAAGCUAAGGGAUGGUGCUUUUUCUGAGCUUAUUAUAGAUUCUCCAUGAAACCUUGGAAUGUUUUUGUUUGGCCCGAAUUUCAGGUAUUGCACUAAUGCUGCUGCUACUACUGCUUUAAAAGCGA